CCGCCAAGCUGAAGUUCAUUGUGAUCAUCUUGGCCGCCGGCAUGGUGGCCUUCAUCGGCGCCGUUAUCUGCAUCAUCGCGGCCGUCCACACCGGCACGACCAAGGCGGCGCGGCAGCAACCGGCAGCCGACAACCGCUCCGUGUACUCGGCCGGCGCGACGCAGCCCCCGGCUAGCAGAGGCUCGGCGGCGAGGGCUGGCUCUUUGGGAGCUCUCCACGGUUCUGAAGUACCCGAAUCCGAGGCGCCGACGUUCAACGUCGGACUCGGCGGAGUGGACGGGGUCACCGGACUCACCGGGCACGACCCGGCGGUCAGUCGGCUGAUAUGCACGCCGAUCCCGGCUGGAGAGUGCAACCCGAAAAACUUUCAGCAACAAGCGGACGACCCGUCGCUGUACGCCGGCGAGGACUGGGGGUAUCUCCGCACAACUGCCGACGACCUCCGGCAGACCGUCGUGCAGCAAAGGGAGCAAAUACAAACGGACCAGCGGACCAUCAGGGAGCUCACGGGGAAACUAUCCGAGUGCGAGAAGGGGCUGAAGGGUCGCGGUGGCGUCGCCGACAGACGCGGGGGCGCUGUGGGCAUAUGGGGAGGAAGAAGCCCGGCGGAGGGGGCUCAACUGGAACGGGUGAUGGUGCGGGACAGCCCGGCGCUCGCAACUGAGCACAUGCUCACGGUUCGGGCUGUGGAUGAGCUGGAGCGGGCAAUCAGUCAGCUCAAAGACCGCAUAGAGCGGCUGGAGGCGGACAUCAACCUGUUUCCUCACAACCAGACUGACAUCAACACCUCAGCAGUGCUGGAGAAUGGAGGCAAGUCUGUCGGCCCGGAGAGGCCAUUUGAUCCCGGGCACAACUCUGGCACAGACAGGCCCUGGAGGAUGGAGGACUUGGAAGGGGAGCUUGAAAGGAAGGUGGAACUGUUGGAGAAAGAGAGAAAAGCCUUGAGGCUGGAAAGUGAACGACACAGACAGGAAAUGGACCGUGGCAUCAGUGAUCUCCAGCAUCGGCUAUCAGGACUGGAGGAAGCUAAUUCCUUCCCGGAGGGCUUCAGACUGUCGUUCCCGUCCCGUACAAACUACAUGUAUGCCGCGGUGAAACAGUCGAUCCCAAAAUUAUUGGCCUUCACCAUCUGCCUGUGGCUCCGACCGACGGAAGCAGGCAUCGGGACGCCCCUGUCCUACGCGGUUCCCGAGCAACCCAAUGAACUGCUGCUGCUGCAAGGCAUGCACACGCCCAUGGAGAUGCUCAUCAACGACAAGGUGGCACGGUUGCCUCUGAACCUCUCCAGAGGCAGUUGGCAGCACAUCUGCGUGACGUGGAGUCAGAAAGGAGGAGACUGGCAGGCCUACCAAGGGGGGAAGCUUCGGGGAGAAGGUCUUGGACUGGCAGCUGGUCAUGACAUUAGACCAGGAGGCGUGUUGAUACUCGGUCAAGAGCAGGAUUCCCUUGGUGGAGGCUUUGACUCAACUCAAGCUUUGGUCGGGGAGUUAUCUCAGAUGGGUCUUUGGGAUCGAGUCCUGUCGGCUAACCAGGUGGCCAGCUUGGCUCGGUGUGGGAUGGUACCCCAGGGCCGCGUGGUUCCUUGGACGGAGCGUGGAAUGGAGGUUUAUGGCGGCGCCACCAAGUACCCGGGGGAGCCUUGUAGUAAACACAGCCGGAGUGCAAAGUGACAGAUGGAGAAUUUGAGAAAAGGAGGGAGAGCAGGGGAAACGGAAAGUUCCACACUAAAAAAAAAAAAAAGUUGGUCUCCCAUCUGCCCAGUAUGGGUACUACAAAUCUUUCUAAGCUAGUCUAUGUGGCAUGAGUAGACUUUGCAGUUUUGCUGUACGGACACAACAAUGUUAGCGACAACAACAUUGUUCACAUCCUGUAGUGAACACCUACGGUGACAAAAAAUUGGUUUCUCUCCUUUUGCAACGAUUACCGUCACACAUUGCAAUGCUCUAUCUGGGCUGCAACCCCCUGUUGUGCCCGAAAAUCGAAAAUGGAUUGAAUGGAUCACGCGUCCGCAUAUUUUACUCCAUAUUGUGUAUUUCGAUAUUGCUGAUGCAAUGCCAAGUUGCACGCCGUUUGUGUGGUUAGCGCGCAGACCUCAAAGCUAGGAGAUACGGAUUCAAUUCCACCCUCCGUCUCUGUGUGGAGUUUGCAUGUUCUCCCCGGGUUUUCUCCGGGUACUCCGGUUUCCUCCCACACAUUCCAAAAACAUGCUAGGUUAAUUAGCGACUCCAAAUUGUCCAUAGGUAUGAAUGUGAGUGUGAAUGGUUGUUUGUCUAUAUGUGCCCUGUGAUUGGCUGGCCACCAGUCCAGGGUGUACCCCCGCCUCUCGCCCGAAGAAGACUGCUGGGAUAGGCUCCAGCACCCCCCGCAACCCUCGUGAGGAUAAGCGGUAGAAAAUGAAAUAAACUGAAUAUUUUGGUCGUCAUAUUUUGGGUUGUUCCAAUUGAAAAAUGUCCGUAGUUGGUAUGACCAAUAAAAAUAACAUUUAAAAACAUUUUUUUUUUUUUAGACCCAAGUUCAAUUCCACAAUCGGCUAACUGUGUGUGGAGUUUGCAUGUUCUCCCCGUUCAUGCGUGGGCUUUUUCCGUGUUUCCUCCCACAUUCCAAAAACAUGCUAGGUUAAUUAGCGACUCCAAAUUGUCCAUAGGUAUGAAUGUGAGUGUGAAUGGUUGUUUGUCUAUAUGUGCCCUGUGAUUGGCUGGCCACCAGUCCAGGGUGUACCCCCGCCUCUCGCCCGAAGAAGACUGCUGGGAUAGGCUCCAGCACCCCCCGCAACCCUCGUGAGGAUAAGCGGUAGAAAAUGAAAUAAACUGAAUAUUUUGGUCGUCAUAUUUUGGGUUGUUCCAAUUGAAAAAUGUCCGUAGUUGGUAUGACCAAUAAAAAUAACAUUUAAAAACAUUUUUUUUUUUUUAGACCCAAGUUCAAUUCCACAAUCGGCUAACUGUGUGUGGAGUUUGCAUGUUCUCCCCGUUCAUGCGUGGGCUUUUUCCGUGUUUCCUCCCACAUUCCAAAAACAUGCUAGGUUAAUUAGCGACUCCAAAUUGUCCAUAGGUAUGAAUGUGAGUGUGAAUGGUUGUUUGUCUAUAUGUGCCCUGUGAUUGGCUGGCCACCAGUCCAAGGUGUACCCCGCCUCUCGCCAAAAGACAGCUGGGAUAGGCUCCAGCACCCCCUCGUGAGGAUAAGCGGUAGAAAAUGAAAGGAAUGAGGAUUCAAUUUCAAUAAACGGAAUAUUUUCGUUGUCAUAUUCUAACUGAAAAAUGUCAGUAGUUGGUAUGACCAAUUAAAAUAAGGUUUUUUUUUAGACCCGAGUUCAAUCCCGCCCUCGGCCAACUCUGUCUGGAGUUUGCAUGUUCUCCCCGGGUUUUCUCCGGGUACUCCGUUUUUCUCCCACAUUCUAAAAACAUGCUAGGUUAAUUAGCGACUCAAAAUUGUCCAUAGCUAUGAAUGUGAGUGUGAAUGGUUGUUUGUCUAUAUGUGCCCUGUGAUUGGCUGGCCACCAGUCCAGGGUGUACCAGACAGUUGGGAUAGACUCCAGCACCCCCCGUGACCCUCGCGAGGAUAAACAGUCGAAAAUGAAUGAUGCAAUGCCAGAAAACUAUGUUGUACAAAACAGGUUGUCGAAACUACCUGGAAAAAAAAAAAAACUACAGUUUUUUGGGAUUUAAAAACCAGCAAUCUCAAUGUAACACGUGACGUACUGUUCACUAACAACUGAGCCAUUUACCAGCUACCUGUCAUAUGCUACUCGCUGGCUUGAAGUACAUCACGACCAACAAGAGAUACACAUGAAUGUUCCGAGACAUUCAAGCUAGUAUGAAUUCACUGGGGUUAAAGCGAGUUAAUUAACGGCUCCGUCACUCGACACUCAAGGUAAGAUGAUGCAAAAUGUUCCAGGAACGGGUAGGAACAAGGAGAUGAUGAACGGCAGGAAAAAGAAAGGACUAUUCUGAGAACAUUCAGAGCUGCACGUUGUAUUCACACAUGUCUUGUCUUGUGUGAUAUGUUUAUCAUAAACAUCACAAAUAAGGACAUUUUAUUUUAUUUGGUGGAUUCCGGCUCUGUAGAUUGCUUCAAAUGAACUAAUGGUCAUGUUCUGUUUUUUUGUUUUUUUCCACAAAAGUCUGGUUUGUGCUCCCUAGCACAAGUGGGCGUCCACAAGAACCCUGUUAUUCACACCGUGGGUCGUGCUCUUGCGUAUUUACAGUACAUCGCUCAAGUGACACAAUUCAGAGUCUUGCUCCCAAGCGGCCUAGUUGGGAUAUGGGUCAUUGCAGCAUAAAGAUGAGACAUCCUCGGAAAGAACUCAGACCUCUUGCAAAUGUUGCACCAUAAAUGAACUGUUGACAUACUCUGUCAAUACAAGUGGAAAAAAUACAAAUACAUACAAUACAAUACAAUACAAUACAAAAACUCAGUAAUGAAAUAAUAUGCAGUGCCUUCCAGAAGUAUUGCAACACUGAGGUUGAGAUUUUCAUUUCCAGGUAUUUACAUUUGGAUCACAAUUAGAAGAUAGAUUUAGUUUGGUAGGAUAGGAUAGGUUGUGCUUGAGUAGAACUCUCUAGCUUUCAUGUUGUUUUCACCUCUAAAUGCACGUCUUUGGGUGUAUGUGCUGUCUAUGCUACAGCUGUCUGGCUUUCAUGUUGUUUUCACCUCUAAAUGCACAUCUUUGGGUCUAUGUGGUGUCUAUACUACAGCUGUCUGGCUUUCAUGUUGUUUUCACCUCUAAAUGCACGUCUUUGGGUCUAUGUGCUGUCUAGUCUAUACUACAGCUGUCUGGCUUUCAUGUUUUUUUCACCUCUAAAUGCACAUCUUUGGGUCUAUGUUCUGUCUAUGGUACAACUCUCUGGCUUUCAUGUUGUUUUCAUCUCUAAGUGCACGUCUUUGGGUGUAUGUUCUGUCUAUGCUACAACUCUCUGGCUUUCAUGUUGUUUUAACCUCUAAAGGCACAUCUUUGUGUCUAUGUGGCGUCUAUGCUACAGCUGUCUGGCUUUCAUGUUGUUUUCACCUCUAAGUGCACGUCUUUGGGUCUAUGUGCUGUCUAGUCUAUGCUACAGCUGUCUGGAUUUCAUGUUGUUUUCACCUCUAAAUGCACAUCUUUGGGUCUUUGUGCUGUCUAUGCUACAGCUGUCUGGCUUUCAUGUUGUUUUCACCUCUAAAUGCACAUCUUUGUGUCUAUGUGGUGUCUAUGCUACAGCUGUCUGGCUUUCAUGUUGUUUUCACCUCUAAGUGCACGUCUUUGGGUGUAUGUUCUGUCUAUGCUACAACUCUCUGGCUUUCAUGUUGUUUUCACCUCUAAGUGCACGUCUUUGGGUCUAUGUGCUGUCUAGUCUAUGCUACAGCUGUCUGGAUUUCAUGUUGAUUUCACCUCUAAAGGCACAUCUUUGGGUUUAUGCUACAGCUGUCUGGCUUUCAUGUUGUUUUCACCUCUAAACGCACGUCUAUGGGUCUAUUUGCCGUCUCGUCUAUGCUACAGCUCUCUGGCUUUCAUGUUGUUUUCACCUCUAAAGGCACGCCUUUGGGUGUAUGUGCUGUCUACACUACAGCUCUCUGGCUUUCAUGUUUUCACCUCUAAAUUAAAGUAUUUGGGUCUGUGUGUGGGCUAUGCUAAAGCUCUCUGGUUUUAUCGUUGUUUUCACCUCUAAAUGGUGAACCUCUGGAGGGCACUGUAUCAGAUGCGGCGUGAUAAGCUGACAGCAUUCCGUCACUUCUCUUCCUACAUUCCAUAAAUAAGCCUCCGCCUGUUCACAGCAGAUCUUGCUGCGUUGAAAAUCUUUCCAGAAUGAUGUGAAAUAUCAAUCUGGAGUUGUUGUGCAAUGUGACAGCGUUUCUAAAACAGCGCCUGUCAGCAGCAGAUACAAAUAUACUUCUGUAUGACACGUUACAAGUUAAGUGUCAUUUGAAUGGAAAAUGUAUUCUGUCCACGUUUCAGUGUCAGUGUCUCGUCCCUGCAGAAUGUUGAAGUGUUUUGAUAGAAAAAAAAAAACACAAACAUGUAUGCCAAAUCAUCAUGUGCCUAAUGUCUCUAUGGAUGCUUUGCAGUGUGCAAUGUUGAUAAGAAUGUGUAUUCAGCUUACGUAUGUCACAGCUUUUUGGGGACGUUUUGAUAGUAUUGUGGCAUUAAACUGUCCGAGACUGAAGAAUAAGCCUGUUAAGUCAUUUUGGAAUGUGUUUGCAUUGGUAUAUUUUUUAAUGCACUGGUAUCUCGUCUAUUCUCUUAUUAUUACGUACAUAAAUACUGAAUAUAUGUGUCUUAGUCGGUGACAUGUUGAUGUUUUGUGUAAUUUAUUACAAUUAAACUAGUUUUCACAUCGAGAAAGUCUCUUAAAUUUGUGAUAUA